AUGAAAGCGUUUCUCCUCCUUUUGGCCAUAGUUUUUUCUUUUCUAGGAUUUUCCCGAAGUGAGCAUAAUAAAAAUGGCUUGGCCGGCGGUAACUCAGAACAGAAGUGCCAAAUGAUUGGUAACGCCAAGGAGCUAAUGACCAAGAUAGAUGUAGAGCCAGUGAAGAGUCAAUACAUAACCUAUAUUUACCACAGCUCGAUAUGUUCCUACUGUACAAAAGUUAUGAAUUCUAUAAAGGAUAAUGAAAAUGUAGAAAUUAUUGACUUUCAUGAGGAUAGCAAUGUGGAAGAGUUAGUGCAGACGAAGAAGCCAAUUGUGGUCUUAAUGAAGAAUAUUAACAAGGGAAGAUCCAUUGAUAGAAGCAUUUUUUUCGCAGAACUGAAUAAGAAAGGAGGAAAAAUUCAAGUACCAGCUCUCGAAGUACAAGAUUUUAUUUUGUACGAAUCGGAUGAAAUUAUUAAAUUUUACAAACAUUUGAUACAAAAAGUUUCAGGAGGUGAUGAUGAUUCUGAGCAGUCACAGGAGUGA